AUGAAUAGUAAUGAAAAUGAACAAUUAAAAGUAGAAAUAGAUAUAAAUAUUGUUGUCAGAGAUGGUGAUAAUGAUCAUAUUGAAAAUGAAAAACUAGCUAGUAGUAGUGGUGGUAGUGGUAAUAAUAAUGAAUAUGACAACGAUGACGAUGAUGAUGAGUUUUUAGAUAUCUACGGAUUCCGAUAUAGCAAGAAAGCGAGUGGUAAGACGAUUGAGGUGUUGAACGAGAUGGCUCAGGAAGAUGAAACCGAGAACUCUGAGAAUUGGUUUCACUUUAUACGUAAUCGCUGUGAAGACAAGAUCGAUCGACUCGCCAAGUUGGAGCAUGACCGAUCGUUCAUCGACCUCGUCAACAAAGGCAUACCCCGUCACUACCGUAAGAAGGUUUGGCUGUCAUACCUCGAGGCAUCGUCACUCGAAGACUUUAGAAAGGAGUAUUUCAAGUUACUAAAAGAAAAGGAAACACAAUCAAAGAUAAGAGAUUACAAGACUGAAAUUAAAUUGGAUUUAGAUAGAACAUUCCCGAAUCAUCUACUAUCGAAUGAUGAAACUUUCAAAGAGAAGAUUCAAAACAUUUUGUUUGUAUAUAGUAUCAACAAUCCUAAUGUUGGGUAUUGUCAAUCGUUAAAUUACAUUUCAUAUAUAUUGUUAUUGAUUAUUGAAGAUGGUAAAGGAAGAAGCUUUUGGUGUUUGAAUUACAUUGCAGAUAAGAUACUACCGGAUUACUUUACACAUACGAUGUUGGGUGCACAGAUCGAUCAACAGGUAUUCAAUGAUCUACUGUGUGAUAUGUUUCCAGACUUGAUGAAUCACUUCAAGAGAAUCGGUGUUGUCAUUCAGAUACUAACGAUUGAAUGGUUCCUAUGUCUAUUUUCAACGAUAUUACCUGUACAAUUUGCUUUGAUUAUUUGGGAUAAUCUGUUUGUUAGAGGAAACAAUGCUAAACAAAUUCUAAAUACAAUAAGAUAUGUUGAAUAUCUCAGUAUAUCUAACUCUUUUGCUGUUGUUACCUUUUUAUUUAAUAACACACAACAGACAUCACCAAAGAGAAUCGGAGUAGUAAUGUCAAGAAAGAAGAUACAAGAUCUCAAAUUGAAACAUUGGCAAAUCACAAAGAAACAGGUUAAAGAUAAUGAAGAGCAAAAGGAUAUCAAAUAUUUAAUGAAAUUUACAUCUUUUAGUUUAGAUAAAUUAAAGAGCUUAAAAGAGGAAUUCGAUAUAUUGUCACACGAUGGUACAGGCAUAGGAUACCUCCAAUUUCAUCAAAUAAUCAUGAGAUUCUUCCCCAACUGGAAAGAUCUUGAGAAUCUCUCGAACGACGACAAACAAAACAGUGAGAAUCUAACUAAACUCAUGGAGAAGAUGUUCGAAGCCAUGGAUGAAGAUAAUGAUAGACUUUUAAAUUUCAAAGAGCUUGUUAAAGGUUUAUCAAUAUUAUCUCAAGGAACAUUCGAUCAAAAGUUAAGAUUGAUAUUUAAAUCAUUUGCAAUUGAAUCAAAGACCUAUUUAACGAAACCAGAAAUACAAUCGAUGAUAGAGUUGGCUAUUUUCUUUAAAAAGAUAGAUACCGAUCGCUUCACACGGACACAGAAGUUCUUGGAGCAACUCGAGGAACACACUACAUUCGAAGGUCUAAAGAAGAUGGCACUUGAGAAUACACUGAUUCUCGAGAGUUUUCAGACACCGACCAAUCCUUUCUCACCUGUAAAUCACGGUCCUGCUGAUUCGUCGACCAGAGAAGGUCUUAAGAGAAGAAAUGAAGAUAGAUUAAAUUCUAUCUCUUCACUCAGUAGCAACAAUAACAAUAAUAAUAACAGUAAUAACAACAGUAGUAACAACAACCAUAAUAAUAAUAAUAAUAAUAAUAAACACAAUAACAACAACUCUGAUAAUUGUAAUAAUAAUAAUAACUCCAAUAACAAUAGUAGUAAUAUCGGUAAUAUUACUUCAACACCACAAUCAUCAUCAUCAUCUACAUCAACAACAACACCACAACCAUCAAAGUUCUCAACGGAUCUAGACAAUUUAAAAAAGAAGAUAACCGGUGAACCAAUCAUCAAAAAGAUAAUUAAUAAGAAGACAAAUCAGAAUAACGAAUCAAAUAGUAACAAUAAUAAUGGAGGAAAGAAGAAUACUGAUAACAAUGAUAAAAAAAGUAAUAAUGAUAACAACAAUAAUAAUAAUAAUAAUAAGAAAAGUAAUGAAAAUAUUGAAAAGGAAUCAGUAUCUUCAUCUACCCAUCAGUCACAACAACAACAAAGAUCUAAUAUCGAUAAAGACCAUCUAGAUCCAUGUAUAAUUAUGUAA